UUUAAAGCGUUCCUCUGGUCCUCCUGUGAAAUUUUUGAGCUGUUCUCUCAGCUGGUUCAUAUGCUCCGGUAGUGCUCUGCCCGUUCUCUCAGAGCUGGUAACACGUUGGCUCCCUGAGUUCAGCCAAUGAACAGUGAACCGCUUGUGACCCCUACGAAAUAUGUGGAUACUGUACUUGAGCUGACUUCAGGAAAACUCUUCAAUCCGCUAAACAAAUCUAUUUACCACAUGAAAUACACGGAUUAAGGCAGCGACGCCGCUGCUCCUUCACGUGGCAUUUACAAGAAUAAAGAAGUACAAUAGAAUUUUGCAAAACCUACGUAAACAAAGACUGACAAGCAACCAAUGUGCAGAAGAGGACAAACUAUGCAACCAAAAAUAAUACAGAGAACAUAAAUUGUAAAGAGUCCUUGAAAAUUUGCUAAAAAUGCCCACAGGAAAAAGAAUCUCAGGGUUGUAUGUGGUGACAUAGAAGAUGGCUAAAGAACCUGUAUCGACCUGAUGAAACAUCAGUUAACAAGCUGCCAUAUUUGAGUGGGCUUUAUUCUGGAAGAUUACUGGAACAGUGAUGGAAUUUGAUCACUUUUUCUAAUAACCAAGAGCUCAAACACAAGCCUACAGUGAAAUAGCUUCAUAAGUUCAUUUACAUCAUGGGCCGACUUACAGUGGAUUUAAUUGCAAAAAGUAGUCUCCACGUAAAGAACAGAAGAGAUGAGCCUUUGGAACAGUAUUUAAAAAAAUUGACUCAUCUAAAUUUUUCAAACAAGAAUAUUGAUCAAAUUGAUGACCUCACUGCAUGCAAGAACCUGUCUGUUUUAUAUUUAUAUGACAACAACAUUACAGAGAUUAAUAAUUUAGGUUUUGCCUUUAAUCUUACCCAUCUAUAUCUGCAGAACAAUAGCAUAACACAUAUUUCAAAUCUCGCCUCGUUACGGAACUUGUCCAAAUUGUAUCUCGGUGGUAAUUGUAUUUCUGUAGUGGAAGAGCUAGAAGGAUUAACAGAACUACGAGAGUUGCACUUGGAAAAUCAGCGUCUUCCUCUUGGGGAGAAGCUAUUGUUUGAUCCUAGGACUGUCCAAUCUCUAAAGAAUUCCCUGAGUGUUUUAAACAUCAAGAAAAAUAACAUUGAUGAGAUUAAAGAACUGGCUUGUCUUGAGAACCUGAAUCAAUUCAUGGCAGAAGAGAAUCAGAUUCAUGAUAUAAAGGAACUGGAAUACGUACUAGGCCAAUGGCCAAAACUCUGGUAUCUGAAUCUGAGUAGGAAUCCUGUGUGUCGGAAAGCAAAAUACAGAGACAAAGUAAUGGUGAUGUCUACGAGCCUGCAGAUCCUUGAUGGAAAAGAAGUAAACAAUGCAGCCAGACAAUUUUUAUUGAACUGGAAAGCUUUCCGAGAAGCCAAAAAAAAAAUUGCCAAGGAGAAGACAGACGAGCAGGAAGUCCAAUGGAAAUUAGAUCAUCCACAGAUUAUUCGGCACCAUGCACCGAGAACCUCCCCAAGUAUUUAUAAAUUCAGGAAACCUGUUGAUGUUCUUUUUACAAAACCUUCUAACCGUGCAAACUCUGGAGGUGAUAGACGAAGUGUUUUACUGCCGGGACUCGAAUCUGGUUGUAUGCAUGAUGGAGUGGAAGGAAUCGGAUCAGAACCAGUGGAAUUUUUGCUGCUGCCUUCUCUGUCCAAGGUAGAGUACCAUAACAGCAAAAGGAUACAGAAAACCAGAGAUGGACAAAUGCAACGAGAUUUAAGCAAAGCCGACGAUUCGCAAUCAGUUCAGAAUGUUGCGGAAACUUCGUCACAGCAUCACUAACAGUGUAAACUGAAAUCGAAGACCUUAAACGACAACAUCAGUUUUCACUAGUGUUGGGAACACAUAACUAGUUUAUUUGGUUUAAUUUUAAAAUCAAUUAAAUGUAAUUAUUUAUAUUUUUAUUUCGAUAGCAUAAUAUUAUAGCCCGUUCGUUUGAUUUAUUCUAAUAUAUCUUAUUAAAGGGCAAAUUCCUACGAAUUAACACCGUGUAUUCUAAGUGUUUCGUUUGCAAAGAGCUGCAUGAUAUGCAUUUUAUCUUUGUGAUUAAAACGUUAAACACGGUUCUGGUUCAGAUUCCUGCGUUCAUUGCCCCAACAUAAUUCUGUCAUGAGUUUAAUCGAAUUUGUUAGAUAAUGUGAGCUAAAUGAUUGUAAUAUUGUGACGUAAAGGGAGCGAACAUUGUUCGGUAAACAAAUCGAUUUGGCGAAGCGCCAAGUUUCAGCAGCGUUACUGCCAGAUUUCAAACUCCCAGCUUUUGCAGUAUUUCAUUAUUGUAAUAAUUCCACAUUCCCUUGAUUGUUGCUUUGUUACUUGUGUUUUUGUUGUUUUACUAUGAAAACUGAACGUUUCGGUUUCUGAAAUAUUGAAGCUUUAUCACCCAAUAAAUGAAUAACAAACACAGAAAAACACAGUGGAACAUUGUCCCUUGUUUUCGGCCAUGAAUGACCUGCAGCCUGUCUUUUCUAUUUUCUAUUCUUUAUAAUAAAUGUUUCAAUAUUAAAUAACACGCAUUUUAUUAUUGGCCACGGUAUUUCGCCUCUAUUGUACCGAAUUAAAAAGUUUAAGUAUAGACACGCCUACACUUUUAGUACUUUAUCAAGUUGUUCGAGGUGUUAAAAAAGGCGAGUUAACUUUUUGAAGCGUUGCGAUGGAAAUGUAGGCUAACCACGAACAAAUACGACCAACUGACAUGAUAGAAAGAAAUAUAAUUAUUGAAACUGAACAUUUAAAUCCACAAAUUGUG